AUGGGUAAUAAAGUAUCAUUUCUAGACUUAGAAUUAGAAAUGUGCAUAAAAUUAUCAUCUGUUAAUAAAGCUUAUGCAUGUGUUUCUAUAAAACCGUAUGAUAAACCUACGAACAUUCAUGCUUAUACAGAUACUGAAUCUUAUUAUCCUUAUAAUUAUCGUUACUCUUGGAUUCAAGGCGAAAAUAUUCGUCUUAUUCGAAAUUCGGAUAAAGAUUUUUCUUACGAAAAAGCACUAUAUGAAUUCAAGUACUUUUUGGAAAAUAGAAGAUAUCCGAAAGUUGAAAUUAAUAAGCAUCUAAGGCUUAACAACUACUCUGACUGGAAUGACUUAUUAUUAGUCAGGGACUUUAAAAAAGAUUUUAUAAGUCAAAUUGAUUUUAUCAUACCUGUACAAAAUACUCCAAGAAAGGUAAAUGAUGAGGCCCACCGAAAG